AUGAACGGAACAACUAACGCGCCCGGUGGUUUAAUUAUAUCGGCGGCUAAGCCCACAGUCUCGGUCAGUAACAGAGAUGUGGAAAGUGAAACUAUAGCCAAUAUUAUCGCACGGGAAGAAGAUUCGAGUGCUGCAAUUACCCUUCAUCAAGCGGCACAACAUGGGAAUUUACAUGCGACACAACAUUUAAUUGAAAGCGGCCAGGCAAAGGCCACAGAUCGAGAUGCUUUGGAUGUUACAGCUUUACAUUGGGCAGCUAUUAAUAAUCAUGUAUUAGUAGCGAAAUAUUUGAUUGAUCAUGGUGCAGAAGUUGAUGCAUUCGGUGGUGAUUUAGUUGCAACACCCUUACAUUGGGCCUCAAGGAGUGGUCACCUUUCUAUUUUGACAUUAUUAAUUAACCAUGGUGCUAAUCCAAACCUCCGUGAUUCACAAGGCUUCAACGGCCUCCAUCUCGCCACACACUCUUCCAACACAAUGCUUGUAUUAUAUUUAUUAUUUCAAGAUAUGGACAUUGAUACGCCUGACUCACUUCAACAUACACCAUUAAUGUGGGCUGCAUAUCAGGGAGAUCCAAUGACCGUGGAUUUAUUACUUCGAUCUGGUGCGUCAGUUGAUAAGCGGGAUAGUGCAAAAUUCACUCCAUUGCAUUGGGCGGUUGUGAAAGGAAAUAAUAUGUGUCUAAGAAAGUUGAUAGAAGCCGGUGCAGACAUAAACGCAAAAGAAGAAAACGGGAAAACACCAGCUGACAUGUCUCGAGAAUCGAAAGCAAUGAAAGUGUGGGAGCGGGCGUUGAGAGAAACCGGAAGGAAAAAGGACGGCAGAACAAAACCAUAUUUAUUUGACCAGCGAACUACACACACCGUCAUAUACAUUCUUCCUUUUCUUAUUCUUCUUAUUACCUUGCAAACGCUUUGUCAUUUUCCUUGGUUCAUAGGAUUACCACUUGCCAUAGCUGAAUUCUUUGGAUGUCAUGUGGCAAUAUUUCGAAUACUUAUAAAAGCACAAACGCCGGAUGCGAUGAUGAGAACUCCGUAUUUCAGUAGUUUAUUCCAAGCGAGUGCUUUUUGGGUUGGGGUUACUUGGUUAACAAAAGUGUUAAUACCCACAUCCUUUUUGUAUAUCACAAAUAUAGUUUUUGUUUCCUCGUACAUAUUUGCCAUGUAUUGCUUUUAUCGAGCUGUAUUGGCUGAUCCUGGGUUUAUCCCAAAACUGACAUCUCACGAAGAACAAAAGCAGCUAGUCAUCGAACUUGCUAACCGGGAAAUGUUGGAUACGAGACAUUUGUGUACCACGUGUUUGAUAAAAAAACCAUUACGUUCGAAACAUUGUAAACUUUGUGAUAGAUGUGUAGCGCGAUUUGACCACCAUUGUCCUUGGAUAUUUAAUUGUAUUGGGUUAUCAAUGUUAGUUCACAAUAAUAAAACGGAUGUUUUUGAUUGUCUAAAAUGCUUUAAUAUAUCGCUAAACAUUAUUAUUUUCCCUGUAUCAUUAGACCUUUUAAUCGAAUCACCAGCCUAUGAACCAAUUCCACAGCAACCGUGCGUACUGACCACAACACUAUGUGGAUUCUUUCAAUACGACACCUGGACUACAUCUCUCACAAUAUGGAUUUCAAUACAACUUUCUUGGAGUUUCGGAUUACUAAUUAUGCAAAGUAUUCAAAUUGCGUCCGCAAAAACGACGAAUGAGAUGGCGAAUUUCCAUCGUUAUUCGUAUUUUGGGCAGCGUACAGGAUCGAAUGUUCGUGAACAGAUAAUGGCUACUUUAGCCGCUGGGCCUGGAGCUAGCGAUGCUGCACAAGUGGGUGAUCGAGACGGUAAUGAUGUGACUGGUCGAGGAAAUGAAGAAGGUGGAUUUGGUGAUCACGCGCGUGUUUUGAACGAUGUAUAUGAAAGAACCAGUAAUGAUAGUCUUCAUCGUCAGCAUAAUCACGGAAUCCUGAAAUUUUUCGGGUCGAGAUCACCGCGUGGUAGUGGCUUAAAUCGCGCGCACGGUAAUCAUUAUAACUCUAGCAAUCCGUUCGAUUUCGGAUGUUGGUAUAAUUGCGUCGAUUUUUGGACGGAAGGGCGUGGUGGGAUGUUGCAUAAUGUUGAUUGGUUGGGGUUAUUUGAUGUUCCACUUGUUGAGAGAAACAAUAAUGUCGCGAUGAGGCGAAAUGGUGGCCAGCAUUCAAUAAUGACUUCAAACAAUGGCAUUUCGGAUUGGUCACCGUCUUCGUGGCAAAAGAAGCCAAUAAAACAGGACGUAAUUUACGAGAACCAAGAACACCUGAAACAAGUGUUGACAAGAUUAUCAAUUUUGCCACCGCUUGUUUCGCCAAACGAGAUUAAAAAAAUUCGACACCAAUUAAGUCUAGUUGCUACACGAAAAGCUUUUUUACUACAGGGUGGUGAUUGCGCUGAGCUUUUUGAAUACUGUUCAAAAGAACCCAUUGAAUCGAAGCUUAAAGUGUUGCUGCAAAUGAGUCUAGUUUUAACAUGGGGUGCUCGAAUACCUGUUGUAAGAAUUGCACGGAUGGCAGGGCAAUACGCGAAACCUAGAUCAAAGCCCACGGAAAUUUACGAGGGGAAAGAGAUUCCGUCAUUCCGGGGCGAUAAUGUCAAUGGAUUUGACCCAUCGGAUAGGAAUCCGGAUCCGGAAAGACUUGUGGGUGCGUACUUCCAUUCAGCCGCAACUUUAAAUUAUGUCCGAUCAAUUAUUAGUUCUGGAUUUGCUGAUCUUCACCGACCAAGUGAAUGGUCUCUACAUCACGUCAGAUCAAACGGAAUUCGCCAAGAAUACCAACAAAUAAUUGACCGUCUAACUGACACAUUAGAUUUCAUGAAAACAAUCGGCGUAGAUUCUCCAGUCUCGCCCGCUGCUUCGAUUCUCAACACGGUUGAUUUAUUUAUGUCCCACGAAGGACUCUUGCUCGAAUAUGAGCAAUCACUAACGCGACAAUUCAAAGAUCCGGAAUCUGGCCAAGAGAAAUGGUAUAAUUUAGGCGCACACUUUAUCUGGAUCGGUGAUAGAACCCGACAGAUUGAUGGUGCGCAUGUAGAGUAUUUUCGUGGGAUUGAGAAUCCAAUCGGGAUUAAAAUUGGGCCUACUAUGAAGCCACAAGAACUUCGAGAGUUGCUGGAUGUUGUGAAUCCUGAUAAAGAGGUGGGGAAGGUUACGUUGAUCACAAGAUAUGGCGCGACUGAGGUGGAUAAACAUUUACCAGGUCAUAUACAAGCUUUAAAAGACUCAGGUCAUAUUGUAGUUUGGGCAUGUGAUCCGAUGCAUGGCAACACGAAACAAUCUCUUUCGGGUGUAAAGACGCGUCAUUUCAAUUCAAUCAUCGAAGAACUAUCAAAAACAAUAAAAAUCCAUAAAGCUAAUGAUAGUCAUAUGAAUGGAGUGCAUUUUGAACUCACGGGUGAUCGCGUAACCGAAUGCAUAGGCGGUUCUAUGCAACUUUUGGACUCUGAUCUCCCAUUAAAUUACAAAACUUAUUGCGAUCCAAGACUGAACUAUGAACAGAGUUUGGAUGUGGCAUUCUUGAUUGCAAAAUAUUAUGAAAAGGAAAGGGAUGGUAGUUAUUUACCUAGCUUAUAA